AUGAAGAUAACCUUUUUGACUGAGGAAUGGACUCAGUCAACCAAAGGCAGUUGUUCCACCUUCAUGAGACAGAUGGCCAUAGCGCUGUCUAGACUAGAAAAUGUAGAAAUUUGUAUUUUAAUUCCACGUGCCAGUCCAGAGGAUAGAGAAGAUGCCCAAAAGUAUAACAUCAAGGUUUUUGAAGCUAAAAAAUAUACAGGCUAUGAACCAGUUGAUUGUCUACAGUUUCCUCCAGAAGGAUUUAGUUCUGACUAUAUCAUUUGUUAUGGCAUUGAGCCUGGACGUCAUGGACAGGUCUUUAGGGAUAACCUUGGCUGUAAAUGGGUACAUGUGUUCCUGACAAAUGCAGAAGAAACAGCAAUGUUCCAGAAAACCCCAGGUGCCAUUUCUAAAGGGCAGAAACAGCAUGAAACUGAGGUAGAAUUGUGUAAAAAGGCUGACAUGGUUAUAACUGUUGGCUAUAAGCUCAGUGAGACCUUUAAUUCUGCUCUGCAUCAGUGUAAGAAAGAUCAUAUAUUCAAUCUUAUACCUGGCAUUUUUGAUGAGUUUUUUGAAGAGCAGAAGCAAUACCGAAAUUCAAGGAACUUUGAAAUCUUAGUGUUUGGCAAAGGCAACACUGAAGACUUUGAAUUUAAAGGUCUUCAUGUUGCUGCCAAAGCUGUGGCACAACUUAAUAAGUAUGAGCCAUCAUACAUUCUCAAAGUUGUUGGUGCCCCCGAGGGAGAACAAGAGAAACUGGCUGAGAUGUUGGAAUGUCUUGGGAUCUUUCGUAGUCAACUGAUUGUAAGAAGUUUUUACAAAGAAAGAAAAAAACUGGCUCAGCUAUUUUUGGAAGUGGAUCUUGUUUUGUUGCCUUCAGGUACAGAUGCAUUUGGUCUCACAGCUUUGGAGGCAUUGUCAGCAGGUGUACCAAUCCUUAUUACCCAUAAUUCUGGCUUGGCAGAGGCUCUAAAGGAAGUACCUUUAGGGCACCGAUACAUAGUACAUCAAGAAGCUGACUGGGUUGAAAAAAUCAAGCAAGCACGAAAAAAUCUGAAGACUAGAUUAGAUGAGGCAAGCAUGCUACGUGACAAAUAUGAAGAGAAAUACUGUUGGUGGGAUCAAUGUGCUGCUUUUGUGAAGAAGCUAAGGGCUUUGCAUUCAGGACAUGCUGAGGAAAUGCAACAGGAGUCCCAAGGCAAAAGGCAUUCAGCUCAAAAGCGAGUGGCUGUUGCUGACGUAAGGAAGGAGGAGAGAGAUAAUGAAGAUGGCAACAAAGCAAGGAAGAGCAAAGAAACUGCGAUACAAGAUACCAAGAAAAUUUCAUUUGUUGCAGAAAAGAAAGCAGAAAAAGAAAGUGACCAGAAAGCCGUCUAUCCAUCAGAAGCUGACGAAGAAGACAGGAUCAUGAUUGAAAUUGGUUCAUCUGAGGAUGAGGAUGAAAGUUCUGAUGAUGAACCAUGUGCCACUGGAAAAAAUAUGGCUGCUUCUGCUUCCAAUGAAGUUAAGCAAGAGGAAGAAAGUGGCUCAGCUGCCAAAAAACCUAAAUUUGUUACUAAUGGAGAACCUGGAAUUUCUGGGGUAUCCAGCGCUAGAAAGACAAGGAAGUUUAAGGAGGGAGUAGUAACUGACGAUGACCUUCAAACACUUGGCAAAGCUAUUGGUGACAUGUGGGAUCAACUGGCACGCCGACUACCUGGAAUUAAGGAAGAGCACAUAGAAAGAAUUGUAGAGAGAUACAAGUAA